UCAUUUAUGAAUGGUAUUGAUGGUAUAAAGGGUAUCUCUCUCUUGCUAAAAACAAGCCAUAACUUCACUUUCUCCACCUCCUCCUCCUCCUCCGCUUCCUUCUUCUUAUUGUUCUUCUUCUUCUUGUUCUUCCAUUUGAGACCUUAAUUUGUUCUUCCAUUUCAGCUAUGGGUGAAGGCAAAAGGCAGAUGGCACAAAGCCCAUGCUCUCCAUAUGUUGGCCAUGGGAAAGAUGAUGAUCAUGAUCAGUGGACUAUCAUAGAUGGCGAAGAUGAUGAUCAUACCUACAAGAUGAAUGCUACAUCACCAUCGUCAUCUACAUCCUCCUCCCUUGGAGAUUCAACAGUUUCAAAUGGAUCAUCAUUGUUUUCAUCAGAAAUGGUAGAUGAUGCGACUUCAUCAGAAAUGGUAGAUGAUGCGACUUCAUCAACAAAUAAUUCUUCAUCAUCAUCCUUGGAUGAUUUAUCAGAUCUCAUGGCACAACUACCCAUCAAGAGGGGACUUUCUAAGUUCUACCAGGGAAAGUCUCAAUCUUUUACAACUCUAUCAAGGGUGACAAGCAUAGAGGAUCUUCCCAAGAAAGAAAGUACCCUUUCCAGAAGGCAAAUGAUCAAGGCAUCAAAGAGCUAUGCAGGCGGAUUAGACAGAUGCAGAUCUUACACUCUAAUUCCAAAGCCCAUUAUAUCAAAGAAAACUUCAAGGGGUUCAUUGUCAUCCUUGUCUUCUCCGAGUAGUAGAAGAGGUAGUUUUGUAAGUUGUUGCAGGCCUCCUCGGGUUCACUCACAAAAUAAGUUGGAAUGAGAUUACCUGCUUGGCUGGUUACUUCCAACAUGAGAGAGAGAGAGAGAGAGAGAGAGAUGUAAAUACGAAAUGCUUUGAUACUAUUAUGUAGUUCCUCGUUCUUGAAAUUGGGAUCAGUUCAUUGUGUUAUAUGGAAGUGACUUGAAAUUGGUUCA